GCCACAAUGUUGCCCUCACUGGAUUAUGUCUAUUAAUAUUAUGCAUGGCAAUAGGAGCAACAGCAGCAGCAACUGAAUAUAUUGAAUUUUACAAUGAUUUUGGCAACAAUCAUGAUGAUGCAAAGCUGCAUUAUACGCAUCAAUAUCAUAUAUCCGAUUCAAACAGUCAAGUGCACAUUUUACAUCGUGAACAGCGUCAAGGUAAUCAUGUAUAUGGCUCAUACACUCACCUGGAGCCCAAUGGACAUGUACGCAGCGUACACUAUGAGGUGAGGGGAUCUCGAGGCUAUAGGGCUGUCAUUGCCCAACGUUCAGCUCACAGUUUUGUGCAUCAGAGUCGAGACUUUGCAUAUGAACAACAAAGGCAACCAUUACAGGCUCUGCCACUUGUUAAGCCAGUGGCUUUUGUCAUUUAAUAUAUUUAUUAAA